AUGAUGUCAAAGCUAAACUCAAGUGCCGUCACUGAAACUGUGCAAAAUUUAAUUAAAACAGAUGUAGAGUUAGGUUCACAAUUGCUUUCUCUAUUAUUGAUCAGCAGAGAUAAUUCAGAAGAAAUAAUUAAUGCAAUAAACAAGAACGUUUCUAUCUCGUCAACAUUAAAUUCUUGUGAUAUUGAUGAAAAUAUCAAUGACAGCAAAUAUACCUAUCAAACUGAAAGCAUAAAUAAAAAAAAUGAAGCAGAUGUUAUACAAGGACAAGCUAUUAUAUCUUUGCAUUAUAAGUCACAUGUUGAUGAUGAAGAUGAUGAAGAUGAUUAUAAAGACGACGGUGAAGACGUGGAAAAAGAAGUCGAUGAUGAUGUCGAUGAUGAAGACGAUAAUGACGAUGAAGAAGACAAUGAUGGUGAAGACGACAACGAUGAAGAUGAUGAGAUCCCAAUAAAGAAUGAGGAGUCUCAAGAGAUAAAUAAUGAAGAUUAUUUAGCAUUACUGGAGAAAAGAAGAAGAAAUACAGAGGCAAGUGCAAGGUUUAGAUUAAGAAGAAAACAAAAAUAUUCGGAAAGUUUAGCAAAACUAGAUAGUUUAAAUGUUGAAAUUAAAAACUUAAAUUUAAAAAUUGAUGAAUUGACAGAAGAAAAUAAGUACUGGAAAAAUCGUUUAAAUAGGGUAAACGAAAUGAAAUCAAAUGAAUUACUUUAUCAAAUCAGGAAGAAAAGUACAUCUUCUUUUUAA